AUGACCGACUCCUCUGUGACCAAGGAGCAUUUUAACAUAGCGCUCGUAUCGGAUUUCUUCUGCCCAAAUGCUGGGGGAGUUGAGACGCACAUCUAUUUCCUAGCACAGUGUCUAUUAGAACUAGGUCAUAAGGUAGUCGUCAUCACUCAUGCUUAUGGUGAGAGAAGAGGAAUACGCUAUCUUUCUAAUGGGUUGAAAGUUUAUUAUCUUCCUUUUCUUGUUGUCUACAAUGGAUGCAGCCUUGCCACUAUAAUUGGCAGCUUGCCGUGGCUGAGGAAAAUCUUUCUCCGUGAGAAGAUUCAGCUUAUACAUGGGCAUUCGACGUUCUCCUCAAUGGCCCAUGAGGCUAUGUUCAAUGGCUGGUUGAUGGGCAUAAGAACCGUGUUCACCGAUCAUUCACUGUUCGGUUUUGCUGAUGCCUCGGCAAUUCUUACAAAUACACUUGUUCUUCAGUAUUCUUUGGCUAACGUUGACAGAGUGAUAUGCGUAUCGUACACCAGCAAGGAGAACACGGUACUUCGUGGAAAGCUUGAUCCACGAAAGGUGUUCACGAUCCCGAACGCCAUCGAAACCAGGCUUUUCUAUCCGGAUCCGAAACAGUUCUAUGGGAAUCCAACUACUAUUAUAUUCUUGGGACGUCUGGUCUACAGGAAGGGUGCGGAUCUUCUGUGUGCAAUCAUUCCAAAGGUCUGUGCUCGUCAUCCUCAAGUACGAUUCAUUAUUGGCGGAGAUGGACCAAAGAGACUAGAGCUGGAAGAAAUGCGUGAGCAGUAUCACUUGCACAACCGCGUUACUCUGAUGGGGACACUUCCACAUGAUAUGGUACGAGAAGUACUGGUUCAAGGACAGAUUUUCAUUAACACAUCCCUAACGGAAGCGUUCUGCAUGAGCAUUGUGGAGGCCGCCAGUUGUGGGCUCCAUGUUGUUUCCACAAAGGUCGGAGGAAUACCGGAAGUACUUCCAGCAGAGUUUAUCGCACUGGAGGAACCAGUUCCAGAACGUGAGAUCUUUAUCGUACUCAGUUCUACCUGCACAUUCUUGAGUUUACGUUUAGUGCUCGUCGAUGCACUUUCUGAGGCCAUCCAUAAAAGAGAGAAGAAACAGCUAAUUGAUCCUGUUGAAAAGCACAAGGCAGUUUCGGACAUGUACUACUGGCCGAAUGUUAAUCCACUGGCGGACGACAUACCUCGGUCCAGAAAACGUCUGAUCCAUGGAUGA